AUGGUGCUCGAUUCGUUGAUUUCUGGUCCUGCUUCAGAAGCUAUUUCUCAAAUUAUAGAUACGGUUUCUGAGUUUGUGUAUUCUGUUGACAAUGUUCUUGUGAAGAAGGAUAGUUUUAAGGAACUUGCAGAUUACUUGCAGAGAAUUGAACCUAUUUUGAAGCAGUUAAGGAAGGGAAAGGUUAGUGAUUCUGAGACAUUCAACCAUGCCAUUGAGAUUCUGAAUCGCGAAAUCAAAGAUGCGAAGAAACUGGUUCAAGAAUGUAGCAAGAAGAGCAAGGUGUAUCUUCUGGUGAACUGUAGAACCGUUGUUAAGCGCUUAAAACAUAAUUCGGGUGAGAUCAGUAGGGCACUUGGUCUUCUUCCUUUGGCUACGUCGGGUCUUUCGGCUGGAAUAGUUGAAGAAAUUGAGAAAUUAUGUGAUAAUAUGCAGGAAGCUGAGUUUAAGGCAGCUGUAUCGGAAGAGGAGAUCUUAGAGAAAAUCGAGGCAGGGAUACAGGAAAAGAAUUUCGACCGUUCCUAUGCAAAUAAUUUGCUGCAUCUCAUUGCAGACGCUGUUGGGAUUACAAAAGAGCGGUCGGAAUUAAAAAAAGAGCUUGAAGAGUUUAAAAAUGAAAUUGAAAAUGAGAAAGAUCGUGCUGAAGCCAUUCAAAUGGAUCAAAUCAUUGCUUUGUUGGAAAGGUCUGAUGCAGCAUCAUCAACUCGGGAAAAGGAGCUCAAGUACUUUGCGAAACGUAAUUCUUUGGGCACUCAACCGUUGGAGCCUUUAAAUUCCUUUUAUUGCCAGAUUACAGGCGAUGUUAUGGUUGACCCCGUGGAAAUUUCAUCAGGGCAAACAUUUGAGAGAAGUGCAAUUGAGAAGUGGUUUGCGGAAGGACACAAAAAGUGUCCUCUGACUUUCAUUACUUUAGACACAUUGGUUUUGAGACCUAACAAAACCUUGAAACAAUCGAUAGAAGAAUGGAAAGAUAGAAAUACAAUGAUUACAAUUGCUUCACUGAAAGAGAAAAUCCAGUCUGGAGAUGAGGUUGGAGUAUUAAGUUGUUUGCAAACUCUUCAUGAUUUGUGCGAACAGAAAGACCAGCACAGAGAAUGGGUGGUACUGGAGAAUUAUAUACCCGUUCUUAUCCAAAUUCUUGCUGAAAAAAACCGAGAUAAAAGGAACCGUGUCCUUCGCAUACUUUGCAUGCUGGUGAAGGAUAAUGAAGAUGCCAAGGAAAGAAUUGCAAAUGUUGAUGAUGCAAUUGAGUCUAUUGUCCAUUCUCUUGGGCGUCGUUUGGCGGAAGGGAAGUUGGCAGUGGAAUUACUAUUGGAACUAUCCAAAUAUGAUUUUUUAAGAGAAUACAUUGGAAAAGUUCAAGGUUGCAUACUACUAUUGGUGACUAUGUCUAGCAGUGAGGACAAUCAAGCGGCCAGAGAUGCAACCGAGUUACUGGAGAAGCUUUCAUACUCUGAUCAGAAUGUUAUUCAGAUGGCAAAGGCAAAUUAUUUCAAGCAUUUAUUGCAGCGUCUCUCCACAGGAACAGAUGAUGUGAAGAUGGUUAUGGUCAAAAUGUUAGCAGAAAUGGAGUCAACAGACCACAAUAAGGAGGUCUUGUUUGACAACGGUAUUCUGGCUCCUCUUCUUCACUUAGUCUCACAUAACGAUGUUCAGAUGAAAUUAGUUGCUCUUAAAGCUCUUCAGAAUCUAUCCAGUUUAAAGAAAAAUGGACUCGAAAUGAUUCGACAAGGUGCAGCACGCCUAUUAUUUGGCAUUAUUUUCCAGCACAGCCUUCCUUCCUCGAUUUUGUGUGAACAUGUAGCUCCCAUAAUUAUGCACCUUGCUGAGUCUACCAUCUCUCAGGAUACACAGACACCGGUUUCAUUGUUAGAAUCCGAUGAAGAAGUUUUUAACCUUUUCUCCCUAGUUAGCUACAUUCAGCCUGAUGUGCGGCAAUAUAUUAUCCAGACUUUUUAUGCAUUGUGUCAGUCGCCUUCAGCUUCAUAUAUCAGGAACAAGCUAAAAGAGUGUCCAUCGGUUCUAGUAUUGGUCAAGUUGUUUGAGAAUGAAAGCCUAACUCUUCGAGCAAGUGCUGUGAAGCUGUUUUCUUGCCUGGUAGAAAGCGCUGAUGAAGCCACCAUACUGGAGCAUGCGAAUCAGAAGUGUAUUGAUACUUUACUCCAGAUCCUGAAAUCUCCAUCUGAUGAAGAGGAAAUUGUUUCUGCUAUGGGAAUAAUACGCUAUCUUCCAAGAAUUCAACAAAUCACUCAGUGGCUUUUGGAUGCCGGGGCGCUGCCAAUCAUUUGUAACUAUAUCCAACAAGGGAAGGACAAAGAUCUCCUAAAGAGUAAGCUGGUAGAGAAUUCUGUUGGUGCCUUAUGUCGUUUUACAGUUUCAACAAACUUGGAAUGGCAAAAGAGUGCAACCGAAAUUGGGAUUAUAACUGUUUUAGUACAGUUGCUUGAAAGUGGAUCUGCUCCAACAAAACAGCUAGCAGCACUGUCCCUAACUCAAUUUUCUAAAAGCUCAAACGAACUAAGCAUUCCAGUACCGAAGCGCAGGGGAUUUUGGUGCUUCUCAGCUCAAGCAGAAGCGGUAUGCUUAGUUCAUGGCGGUGUAUGCACUGUGGAGUCAUCAUUUUGCCUUUUGGAGGCUGAUGCAGUGGAACCACUAGCAAAGACUCUUAGAGAAUCUGAUCCUGGAGUCUGUGAGACUUCUUUAGACGCUCUUCUAACUUUAAUUGAAGGAGAAAAGCUACACAAUGGUAGUAAAGUGCUCGCCGAUAAACAUGUCAUACCGUUAAUAAUAAGAUUUCUCGGUUCUCCUUCCCCCGGAUUGCAAGAAAAGUCUCUGAAUGCCUUGGAAAGAAUUUUCCGGCUACAUGAGUUCAAACAGAAAUAUGGAGCUUCAGCUCAAAUGCCUCUGGUUGACUUAACUCAGCGGGGUAAUGGUAGCGUUAAAUCUUUGGCCGCUCGAAUAUUGGCACAUUUGAAUGUGCUACAUGAUCAAUCUUCAUAUUUCUAA